CAGGAGGCGGGAGCGCGCGGUGGGUAGAAGUGCAGAGCAAAGCCGCCGGCUGGGGGCUGGAGAGGCAGGUCUGUGCGCUGCAAACAUUCAGCAGGCGGAGCCUCGCGCGUGGUUCUCCAGGCUUCGCAAGGCCGGUGGCCUCGAGAUGAAGUGGAGGACCAUCCUUCUACAAUAUUGGUUUUUCUUGGUUACAUAUGUAUUUACUGCUCUUGAAGCUGUGCCUAUAGACAUAGACAAAACAAAAGUAAAAAAUACUCAGCCUGUGGACAGUGCGAAGAUAGAACCACCAGAUACUGGACUUUAUUAUGAUGAAUACCUCAAGCAAGUGAUUGAUGUGCUGGAAACAGAUAAUCAUUUCAGAGAAAAACUACAGAAAGCAGACAUAGAGGAAAUAAAGAGUGGAAGAUUAAGCAGAGAGCUUGAUUUAGUAAGUCACCAUGUGAGGACAAAACUUGAUGAACUGAAAAGGCAAGAAGUGGCAAGGUUACGAAUGCUAAUUAAAGCUAAAUUGGAUUCCCUUCAAGAUACAGGUAUAGACCACCAUGCUCUUCUAAAACAAUUCGAUCACCUAAACCACCUGAAUCCUGACAAGUUUGAAUCUACGGAUUUAGAUAUGCUAAUCAAAGCGGCUACAAGUGAUCUGGAACACUAUGACAAGGCUCGACAUGAAGAGUUUAAAAAAUAUGAAAUGAUGAAGGAACAUGAAAGGAGAGAAUACUUAAAAACACUGACUGAAGAAAAGAGAAAAGAAGAAGAAUCAAAAUUUGAAGAAAUGAAGAAAAAGCAUGGAAAUCAUCCCAAAGUUAAUCACCCAGGAAGCAAAGAUCAACUAAAAGAGGUGUGGGAAGAGACUGAUGGAUUGGAUCCUAAUGACUUUGACCCCAAGACAUUUUUCAAAUUACAUGAUGUCAAUGGUGAUGGCUUCCUAGAUGAACAAGAAUUAGAAGCCCUAUUUACUAAAGAGUUGGAGAAAGUAUAUGACCCCAAAAAUGAAGAGGAUGAUAUGGUAGAAAUGGAGGAAGAGAGGCUUAGAAUGAGGGAACAUGUCAUGAAUGAGGUUGAUACUAACAAAGACCGAUUAGUGACUCUAGAAGAGUUUUUGAAAGCUACAGAAAAAAGGGAAUUCUUGGAGCCGGAUAGCUGGGAGACAUUGGAUCAGCAACAGUUCUUCACAGAAGAAGAACUGAAAGAAUAUGAAAAUCUUAUCUCUGUACAAGAAACUGAACUUAAGAAAAAGGCAGAUGAGCUUCAGAAACAAAAAGAAGAGCUACAACGUCAGCAUGACCAACUUGAGGCUCAGAAGCUGGAAUAUCAUCAGGUUGUACAGCAGAUGGAACAAAAAAAAUUACAAGCAAUUUCCCCAUGCCCUGGUGGAGAAUCAAAGAUCCAGCCACGUAUGUAA